AUGCCACUGCACAGGUUCCCUGUAGGCUUGUGGCGGCGGCUGCGGCUGCGGGAGGGCGUCUGUGCCCGUCUGCCCGCGCACUUCCUGCGCUCCCUGGAGGAGGCGCGGACGCCCGCUCCCGUGCACUACCGGCCCCACGGGGCCAAGUUCAAGGUCAACCCGAAGAACGGGCAGCGGGAGCGCGUGGAAGACGUGCCGAUUCCCAUCCACUACCCGCCCGAGUCCCAGCAGGGGCUGUGGGGCGGCGAGGGCUGGAUCCUGGGCCACAGAUACGUCAACAACGACAAGCUCUCCAAGAGGGUGAAGAAGGUAUGGAAGCCACAGCUGUUUCAGCGUGAGCUUUAUAGUGAGAUCCUGGACAAGAAAUUCACGGUGACUGUGACCAUGCGGACCCUGGAUCUCAUUGACGAGGCCUAUGGCUUUGACUUCUAUAUCCUUAAGACGCAGAAGGAGGACCUGUGCUCCAAAUUCGGGAUGGACCUAAAGCGAGGGAUGCUGCUCAGGCUUGCCCGCCAGGACCCCCAGCUGCACACGGAUGACCCCAAGCGGAGGGCAGCCAUCUAUGACAAGUACAAGGAGUUUGUCAUCCCUGAGGCAGAGGCCGAGUGGGUUGGUCUGACACUGGAGGAGGCCAUGGAGAAGCAGAGGCUCCUGGAGGAGAAGGACCCCGUCCCUCUGUUCAAGAUUUACGUGGAGGAGCUCAUUGAGCGGCUUCAGCAACAGGCGCUGUCAGAGCCUGCAGUGGUGCAGAAAAGAGCUGGCAGGAAGUGACCACACAGCCCUCCUGUGCCUGACCACCAGGUCAGCCACCUGCUGGGCCCUUAGCACUGUGGACACAGCCUGAGCUGGCCAUGAGGGCACCUGUGGGCAGUGGGUGAAUCCUGGUUUUCCUGUGCUAGCCAUGCAGCUCUCAAGCCGUGUGGGCUUUGCAGAGCCACACAGAGCCCUUUGUCCUGGGAUGCCCAGGAGGCCUGGUGCUGAGCAGAGCCCUGCCCAGUGGGUCCCACACUCUGGGUGGUGCUUCUUGUGCCCAUGGCGCUGGGAGCAAGUAAAGUCUGAGCCAGGCUG